CGCCAAUCACCUCGUCCGCCAUUUUUCCUUUUUUCCAACACUUAUGGCAAGUUCCUUGCUCUCAAAUAUUGAUUUAUCCUACAUCGACUUCAUGGAGCAGUUUAUUGGCCUACCUAAUGCUAGAAGUAUUGAAGUUCUUGGAUUGAAUGACAAUGGCAGAGGUUUCUUGAGAUACAUCUUUGGUCUCAACAACAGCCACCAAGUCCCCUGUUCUUGCUUUGAUUGAGGAGUAACAACACCAAGGCUUAGAUGCAGAGUGCCUCUCGAAGAUAUCAAUCCUGAGAGGCCAGACUUUUGCAGAAGAAAUUGGGUAGGAACAUAGUAACUCUCCUAUGAAACCUGAGGCUGUAAUAACUCGGAGUUGAGUUGAAUCGCGGUUCAAGUUUGAGUUCGGUGUUGCUUUUCUGCUGUUGAAUGCCAUUGUCUGUCUACGAAGACAAUGCUUUGUUCAGCAGAGGAUUAAGCACAGAGAAAAAUGUUACAGAGUUGUUCACUCAGAU